AACCGGAAGAGGGCGUGGUUUGGGAGGCCGGUGCCGCGGUUGGUGUCGCAGAUCGGGGCUGUUGCUUGCUUCCUGUUCUGUUCCCGUAAACACCGCCGCCGUGUCCCGAGUCCGUGCAGAGAGCUAUGCGGCAGGGCGGAGAGCUGUGAAGGCGGGACCGCGGAGCGGGAGACAUGGAGAACGAGUUUAAGAGCAUAGACGAGGAGAACCGCUGGAGCCCGCUCUAUGGAGAAAUAAGGUUUAAUUCACCUGUGUUGCCCAAUAAGAUAGCGAAGAAUCCAGAAAAUAAGAAUCGGAACAGAUACAGAGAUGUUAACCCAUAUGAUCAUAGUCGUGUCAAGCUACAAAAUGUUGAAAAUGACUACAUCAACGCCAGUCUUGUUGUCUUGGAAGAAGCCCAGAGAGAUUAUAUUCUGACGCAGGGCCCUCUUCCCAAUACCUGCUGUCAUUUCUGGUUAAUGGUCUGGCAGCAGAAAAGCAAAGCAAUUGUCAUGCUGAACCGAAUCAUUGAAAAGGAUGCGGUGAAAUGUGCACAGUAUUGGCCUGCUCCAGAGGCAGAGGUCCUUCUCUUUAAGGAAACGGGGCUAUGUGUCAAACUAAUGUCUGAAGAUGUCAAGCCCAAUUACACAGUCCGGUUAUUGCAGCUACAAAACAUCAAUACUAAAGAAACCAGAGAAAUUUUCCAUUUCCAUUAUACCACAUGGCCAGAUUUUGGAGUUCCGGAAUCCCCGCGCUCGUUCCUUGACUUUUUAUUUGAAGUCCGCAAUUCUGGUUCCCUUGGUCCUGAAUAUGGGCCUUGUGUUGUACAUUGCAGUGCGGGCAUAGGGCGCUCAGGGACCUUCUCCUUGGUGGACACCUGUCUUGUUUUGAUUGAGAAACGAAGGGACCCUUCUACGGUGGAUAUUAAAAAGGUGUUGCUGGACAUGAGGCGCUACAGAAUGGGCCUAAUACAGACCCCAGGUCAACUAAGGUUCUCUUACAUGGCCGUCAUUGAGGGAACAAAGUCUUUAAUGAAUUUCAGAAGAACUUCAGAAGGACUUUCCACAGAAGACCAGCCUCUGAAAACAGACGGCAAACAGACAGAGGAGAUUUACAAUGGUAACAGGCUCUCCACAGGACAAGAGCAAACUGAGACGAAAUCUGAGCAGUUUAAUAUACCACAAGCAGCAGAUGGGGACCCACGAAGCUCACUUAAGAGACGAGCCCGAGAUGUUAGGAAAGCAAACACUGCACAUAAAGUGCAGAACAUGAAGCAAAAGAUGCAUGAAGCGGAACGAAAAAGAAAAAGGUCGAGGCUCCUCGACACCUAAAUCUCCAUGGCUUUGUGACUAUUCUACAGCAAUUAUUCUGCGAAACCAUUGACACCCAAAGCAAGACAUGAAAUCCCUCUUCAGGAGCAAAUGUGAGGUUUAUAUAAUGUGCUGACCUCAUUGCAUUAUCUGUUUACCGCGUAAACUACUCCAUCCAGAGGGUGAAGAACAUCACCAGCAUGACAUUUUACAGAACCAAGUCCACUUCAUUAUCUGUCAGGUGUUUUUUAUGCAUGUACUUUAGAAACCUAUGUAAGAUACAUCAGAAAUGUACUUUGUAUCAUUCUGCCAUUCACAUUGUAUUUUUAUACUUUUUUGGCAGCAUUAAAUAUUUUUUUAAAACUA